AAUGACAUGGCAAUAGAAUUAACAUCAGGCCCCGGUAGAUAAGGGGAGAGAGAGAGCUCCAAGGCAUUCAUCUGCUACGACCAUGGCCACGAUUACACCCAUCAGUACAAUCAAACCCACUCUCCCUUCCUCUUCAUUUCUGCACUCUAAAGUGCGCAGGACACCCAACGGAAACAGGACUUCCUUUCAGCUUAUCACCAGUAGAACCUCCUUUACAAUCCGUGCAGCAAAGCUCCCAGCUGGAGUAGAGGCGCCUAAAGAGGAGCCAAAGCUUACUGCUCCCUUUCUUGGGUUUACAAAUACUGCCGAAAUCUGGAAUUCUAGAGCAUGUAUGAUAGGUCUCAUCGGUACAUUCAUUGUGGAGCUGAUAGCUCGGAAGGGAAUACUGCAACUAAUUGGUGUUGAGAUUGGGAAAGGCCUUGAUCUUCCUUUAUGAUCAUUUGAGCAUGAUGGUCUAGCAAAUGUUUUUACUCCUUUUAUGGCAUUUACAUUGAGUUCUAAUGUACUGCUUACAUUAUUUCUUAUUUGCCAGAAUGUCCCAUCCGCAUCUGUUCACUAAAAGAUAAAUGGACUCCAUAUAAAAAAUUACAUGGCAAUGCAGCUACUUGAAUGAUUUCUCAUUCCAGUUUUCCACUCAAUUUAUGGAUCACAAAUUUGGUAUUUAAAUAUU